ACGGCAGAAUGCCCACCUUCCCGGCGCCGCCAUCUUGUUGUUGAUUCGAACCGUAGGGAGCGAGUGAGGGCAGUGUUUGAAGCCGGCCUGGGGGGACCGAGUAGCAGCGCCCCCCGGCCGGGCAGGGAGAAGUUUCCCUUGACCAUUGGCACAUGCUUUCUUACUAAGACAUCUGAGUGGUAGAGAUUUUGCUCCUUGAGAAACUGCUCCUUCCACCCCAUGCAGCUCACCCCCAGCCCCAAGUGUGCAACUGGUGCCCUACGCAAUGUGUGUUUGUCAAACCAUGGAGGUGGGGAAGCAUGGCAAGAACGCAUCCCACACAGGAGGCCGAGGGGUCCUUCUGGAGCCUUUCAUCCAUCAGGUGGGCGGCCACAGCAGCAUGAUGCGCUACGAUGACCACACUGUGUGCAAGCCUCUCAUCACCAGAGAACAGCGCUUCUAUGAGUCCCUGCCUCCAGAAAUGAAGGAAUUCACACCUGAGUACAAAGGUGUGGUGUCUGUCUGUUUUGAGGGAGACAGUGAUGGCUACAUUAACCUGGUAGCAUACCCGUACGUGGAGAGUGAAGCCUUGGAGCAGGAAGAUGUACCAGAGAGGGACCAGCCACGUCGCAAACACUCUCGUAGAAGCCUCAACAGGUCUGGCAGUGGCAGUGAGCACAAAGAGGAGAGAGCAGGACUGGCCAGUGACACAUCAGAAAGCUUCCAGGACACGAAGAGCCUCAAGAGCUGGCAUUCAGAUGUUCCAUUUCAGAUGCUAGAUGGAAAUAGCAGCGUGAGUUCUGAAAAGAUCACAUUUAACCCGUGGAGUCUGCGUUGCCACAAGCAACAGUUGAGCCGCAUGCGCUCAGAGUCCAAGGAACGUAAGCUCUACAAAUUCCUUUUACUGGAGAACGUGGUACACCAUUUCAAAUUUCCCUGUGUGCUUGACUUGAAAAUGGGGACCAGGCAGCACGGGGAUGAUGCAUCUGAGGAGAAAGCUGCUCGACAGAUGAAGAAGUGUGCCCAGAGUACCUCGUCUACACUAGGCGUGCGGGUUUGUGGAAUGCAGGUAUAUCAGCUGGAUACAGGCCAUUAUUUGUGCAGGAAUAAAUAUUACGGCAGAGGUCUUUCCAUUGAGGGUUUUCGCAAUGCCCUCUGCCAAUAUCUGCACAAUGGAGUAGAGCUACGAAAGGACCUGUUUGAGCCCAUCCUUAGCAAACUGCAAAGCCUGAAGUCUGUACUGGAGAGGCAGGCCUCCUAUCGCUUCUACUCCAGCUCCUUGCUCAUCAUCUAUGAUGGGAAGGACAACCGGUCGGAGACAUAUAUGGAGCGCAGGGCAGAGAUGCGCCUGAAACAAGUGGACAUCUCUCUCCCAGAGAACCUACAAGAUGCCAGCAGCACAGAGGCAGUCAGUUUCCAGCCCAAGGUAGAUGUACGUAUGAUAGACUUUGCACACAGCACAUUCAAAGGCUUUCGAGAUGAUCCCACUGUACAUGAUGGCCCCGACAUGGGGUAUGUGUUUGGACUAGAGAGCCUUAUCAACAUAAUGGAACAGAUGCGGGAUGAGAACCAGUAGCCUUGGGCUGGACUCCUCAACUUUGUCCCUCAUUGAUAGAAACAGACAGGACCACCACCCCUACAGAAAAAGCAGGCUGCUGCUUUGAAAAUAUUCUGUUGCUCCAGUGUGUUUAAUAUCAAAGGACACAAUAUCCUGGAUGAUCCUGGCAAAAUGGCUUUGACUAUCAUGGCCUGGACUUCUUGCAGGAGAAACAAACCCCAUGGACCCCAGCAUUGGGCAUUUAUAUCUAGGGCUUUGCAUUUGUUCAAUACAGCCCUGUGAUCAUGUCUGUUAGGAAUGUGGAGACUGACCCCAUGGGAAAGAAGAGGGGUGAUGGCCUAGUGGUGUAGAUUUUGGGAUUCCAGUGUCCCUCUUCCUUGUCAGCCUUCCAUUGAGAACCAGCGGUUUGAACCUCUCUUCUUUUGUUUGGAAAGGGCAUUCACAUACAAGCUAACAUUACUUAUGGGGCUGAUCGAGGCACAUGAUUUGCACAUACUCCUCUCUGCUGUUGCUGCCCCUGAGCAGAUGUGAGAGACUCUUCUAGAGGGUACAGAUGAUACUUCAUUUAUCUUCUCCAAUCUGGGCAUUAUCAGAUCAUCCCAAAUGGGGAAAUAAAUGACCAAAGGAAAACUAGUGCAGUGCUUUAAUGGUUUUGCUUUGCACCCCAUUGAUGAAGCUGGCCUACCUCCCUUCACCAUUUCCUGCACAUUGAUAGAAACUCUCCAAAUUCCAGAAAGGCCCAGUCAGGUGUUCACAAUGCUGUCUCGGUCAAGAACUUCAUGGGAGAGUUCAGCUGGCUAAGGAUAGUGUUAAUAGCACAUUCAUGCUGAUCCCUUGAUGCUUUUGUGAGACUAAUGAUGUUUAUCAGAUGCCAACUACCCCUCACCCCACCCAUGCAUCUUUGCAUUUAGUAGAUAAAAUAGUCUCUUUUCCGACCUCAUUCAGAUCCAAGCACCAUGAUGUUUGGUUGCAGUUUUCCUUUUUCCUUCCUUCUAGGGAGGCUUCCUAGCAAGACAGCACACUUCCAUACAUGUUCCGCCCACAAUAAUAAAAUACUUGCGUGGGGUAAUUUGAUGAGAAAAGUAGGCGUCUUUAUUUUCAGAAACUGUCCUGAUUUGUGGAGGGAAGUGUCUGUCUGGCUUUUAAUGUAUUGCCACCUGUGCUUGUUUUCACCUCAGGGAGUUGGUGUUUCCAGCCUUGUUCCUCCACUUUGUGACGGGUUGAAUGCAGCUGUGCCACGUUCUGGCCCCACAUACGUAUAUGGGAUUCUGUUGCGUGGGCUGAGGUGUUGGUGGCUUGUAGCAUUAAUCUUAACAGCAUUGGUCCACUGUGUGAUUAAUCACAAUUUGCAGAUCUUGGUGGCAGUGGUGGCCCUAAAUGCUGUUCUAUGGACCUUGGAGACUAGUUGCUCUAAUUAGGACCAGGCCUAGUAUACACAAAUGCACUAGACUUCUUGGGCUUGCACUUUGUUGGGGAGGGGAUUUACUACCAUAGGGAACUAAUGGCAAGGCACAAUUGUCGUAAACCUCUACUACUAGAUGCUCUUAUAAUGGGUUAGCAUUUGCCCCAAAGCUCCUGUGCUGAAUCUGUGCCUCCCUUUUGGGCAAGUAUGAACUUCACAGGUUUGUCUUGAAAGUAUUGGCUCUUACAUCAAGGAGCUGCUGAUGGAACCCCCUCUCGUGCCAACAGGUAUUUGCAGUUGACUCUGUGCUGAAUGUUCUGAAGGGCAGGUGUGUCGGGGAGCAACCGUUGUGCAUUGACCAAUUUAGCAAUUAGUAUUAGAUAUUGCCUCUGUAACGAGAGGCAUUUUCACAGUUCCAAUGCCAUUUCCCCAACAUUAUCUUUGAUUCCCAGAAUUUAAGGGAACGGGUUUGCUUUCUGUUGAGCCCAGCUUUUUAAGUCUUCAGAAUGGUUUUGAGGCAUCACAAUUUUGGUAUUGUUUUGGUUAAACAGGAUCUUUCAAUAUUGUUUUGAAGUUUUUAACUUUGUAAUCUUUAUCCCUCUACCAGCUACUUAAGUAACACUGAAAAUACAGGAAAUCACUCUAUAGAGUCUUCUUCUUCCUGUUCUAAUGACUGCACCAUUUUGAUUUUUUUCCAUUAAAAAAAAAUCUGGACCAUUCUGAACUUCUCAUCAUAAGUUCCAGAGCUUGUAAAUAGCAUUUCUCCUUCCUGUUGCCAGGUUUUGUUUUCAUGUUGCUAGUAACUGUUUGCUCCGUAAGGAACCAAAAAUAUUAAAGGACUUGGUUUUGUUGGUAUUUUAGCAUUGUGGUUAGUUUUCAGACAGUGUAACUGCAAAGCACAGUCUUGUUCAAUAGCAAUAAGCUUUCCAAGUUCAUUUCUUUAACUUCAAGUUAAGCAACGGGACGUGGAUGUGACUGUUCUUCAUACUUGAGCACCUUGCAUGUCUGAAGGGAUUUGCCUUUUCCUAGUAGAGAUCUGCUUGCCACCAGCUCAGAGUACAAAUUGAACUAAUUUGACUAACAUCCUCCUCUAUUUGAUGCAAGCCUGUAUGUUGCCUCUUGCAGGGCUGUUUGUGCCUGCAUGUGCGCACACGUGCUUGUAUGUAGUCUGUCAGUGUUAGAGUAGCUGAAAUUGAAAUGUACUGGCAAAACUGUGUACGGAAGCAUCUAGAGGGUUUGUUAGAGAAGUACCCAUGCUGUCAGGGCAGAUAAAUUUAAAUGGAUUUCAUUGUAGAGAGUUAUUUCUAAGCCAUCCCUUUGGGCGUGCAGCAAAAAUCAGUUUCUGCAGCUUGAUAUUUGCUUUCGAUUGAAAGGAACUCUGCUGAGUAAAAGUGCCUUCUAAAAGGCACCAAGAAAAACAUGACGGAGCAGAAGGUAUGAACUAGAAUAUUUGCCUUCAGCAGCUCCUUCCAACUGUUUGGUUAACUGUCUGUUCAAACUUGCAUCUUGCCUGAGAAAAAGGUCUCAGGCAAGCAGGUCACAGAUGUUUGAGUGCAUCCCCCUUUGCCCUCUUCUGCCCUGAAACAAAAGGAAUUGAAUCUGCCCAAAACAAAGCUAGUCUAAUAGCUUUUGUACAGUACAUUGUCCCACUCUGUUUUGAUAUAUAAAUGGGGCAAUGUAUUUACCCAGCAUUUGUUGUUACACUGCAGCCAUUCUCCUUGCCAUAAAGGCACCUGUCAUUGGACACAAUCAUGCAAACAUGCCACUUCCCUGUUCUACCUCAUUAUCUGUAAAAUCCUUCAAGAUAAUUAGGCUUUUAAUGUCAUUUUAGGGGUGUUGUUACAGAACUGGAAGCUAUAUUGCAAGUGUCAUGAAGUUCUCUAGAAUAAUUUUGCAAAAUAAAAUAGCUGAAGAUGACAUGGGGUUAGCUUUGAGGAACUAAACAUAAAGCAACUUGACUCCUUCCACCUGUAGUUUCAGACUGGGAUGUUGCUUCUUAGUAGUUUUUAGCUCGUUAAAAUGCCUAGACAAGGGUGAGAGUGGUGAGAGAUUGAGCAUACGGCUUUUGUAAAGCAGGUGCUGCUCUGGACGCUGGGUCCAACAAAGCCAUUUUGUAUGCAUUGUAUACAUUCAGGUCCUUUGCUGGACAUUCAUGUAAAUAAUCCUUCCAGUCUGUUCCUCCUGGAGCAGCACAUCCUGUUUGUUGCCCUUACAGCUUGCUGACACUAUGUCCAGUAGUGUUGAUUCCUUUAGCAGGACUUUGCACGUACUGUGUAGUUGCCUUCAUGUAGAUGAUGAAUCAGCUUUUCAGCCUUCUGGAAUACAUAGCCAGCUAUCUCUCUAGCAAUACAUAGGAACUGCUAGUGUUGGUGAAUGCACACUGUAAGGGGUUCCUUAUCAUUAAGGGCCAAAUGAGAGUUCACCAGAUAAGCACUUGGAUUUAUUUUGUAUUGGUGGCAGCUGCUGCCUUGAAAGUGUCUCUUCCUCCUCUCACCUAGAGGUUAUUACUGCACUGUGCUUUUUGUCAAUAACUGAUCUUGCCCUUUCAGUUGGAAUAGGAGCCACCUUCUCUUUACUAGCACCUUUGUAGCCUGGACCUGCUGCAUGACAUUUCAGAAAUAUCGGCUCAAAUAUUUCCCUAUGAAUGAUGGAGAGUUGCACUUUGGAUAACGUUCAGUCUAGAUGACCCCAAAGAAGGCUCACUGUGUGUCACAGGGGGAAGGUAUUCAACUCUUACCAUAUCUGUUCCUGCACCUGAAGGAACUUUGUGGAAGAAAUGUAGCCUGGCUUCUGUUGAAAGAGGCUGAAUGUCAGUUUCGAUUUCCCUAGCCUAACAUACGUGCAGCUAAGUUUCCAUAUCAAUCCUGCCCCUCAUCAGAGGACCAAACCACAAAUUAGACCAGAUCACAUUUGCCUGCCUGCUGCUUACAGGUUGGGUUUGAUGGUGUAGUUUUAGGUCAGAAAUACUAGUUUCUGCUUGGGGGGGGGGGUGCUUUAGCUAGCCAAUUAUCUCACUGAGAGUUACACCCGCAACUUGCCAUGAACCCUUGGAGUGCACCUGAAAACACAUUUUGCUGCUAUUGGUAUAAAAAUGUGGAGGUGCAAUCUGUGGGCAUAUGCUGCUCUGCACAAGUGCAAGGGAACCUGCUUUAUUGCUUGCUGUGAAAGGGUCACCACAGAAUAUUAUGACCAUUUGGGUUUAAAAGGAGACAGAAGCUUUGGUGGUUUCAUGGACUGUUUUUUGACUGGCGGGGGCGGGGCGGGAGAGAGAGACUAUAGGCCUAUGUAUUUUGCUUGUUUUACAGCAAGUCUGGAAAGAGUCAUCCAAGUCAGGUUCAAACUUUGGUUGGUUGUAUUUGUACUUACUAUUGCAUGCUUAUCUCAGGAGCAAAAUGUUGUUUUUUAUACUUUGAAAAGUCUAGGUGCAGAAUGGUCUCUAUGAGAACUGCCAGAAAGGGAAGAAAUGUUACUAUGAGAGCAGGGAGCAGUACUGCACCCUACAGGAAUGGUUCCUAUCUGUCCAUUUUGACUUGUCUGGGAGGGACGCAGCAUUGCAUUACAAACUUGUAUAUUUUUCAUAGUCUAUUCCAGUGCCAUUUUGUUGGGCCAAGUCAAGCUUUUGGGCAUGAGAAAUAACAGUAUCUGUACUCCAUACACUGCAUCCCUAGCUCUCUUGUUGUGUAUAAAAAGUCCUAUGUGUAUAUAAAUAAACUGCUAGACAUUUA